AUGGGGGAUGCGUCGCCCACACCUCAACAGCUCUUCACAGAAGCAAUUGUAUUCUGGUCCAUUGCUCUCGUUAUCUAUAUCGGUCGAAUCGUGUCUCGAAUCAUCGCCAAUGGAUCAUUCAAGCGUUUGUUCGUGGAUGACUAUGUCAUGACUGCGACUUUUAAGGCGAUUUAUACCACACUCCUAGUGCUCAUUCAAAUAUCCGCCCGCUAUGCCACAAACCUCAUGGACCCGAAGGACUACGACGAGGUGUUGGCAGACCCCAAGCAAGUCAGCGAUCGGAUCUAUGGAAGCAAAAUCGUGAUCGGACUGGAGCAAUGCAUGUUGAUCUCGACUUGGGGGGUCAAGAUAUGCAUGCUGAUGCUCUAUUGGCGAAUCACCCAAAAUCUCAAAUCGAACCUCUACAUCAAGAUCCUUGCCGUUUACAUCGCCGUCGGAUUUGUCGUCAUAGAAGUCACUUACUACGGGGUCUACUGCCGGCCAUUCUCACAAUACUGGGCUAUGCCCGUGACCAACAUGCAAUGCGCAACAUACCAACACUACUCAAUCACCCAAGCCGUCUUCAACAUCUCCUCCGAUGCAGUCAUGUUUGCUAUCCCAAUUCCUCUCCUCAUCAGAGCCCAGCUCAAGAGCCGCAGAAAGGUCGUCCUCAUUGGCGUCAUGAGUUUGGGAUUGUUCACCAUCAUCGCUGCCAUCCUCAACAAAUAUUUCAACUUCGCCUCCCCGCUCACAACAACCUACCAAAUCUGGUACAUCCGUGAAGCCAGCACUGCCGUUUAUGUUGCCAAUCUCAUGUGCUGGUGGCCACUACUGCGCAAGCUCUUCGGUCUCAAGGCCUUCCAGUACAACAGCAACCGUGGUCAGCGGAACAACAACAACCAAAACAAGGACAGCAAUGGCUAUUACUCUUCCACCUCGCAAUCUCGUCCUUCAUUUUCUUUCCCUCGCUCUUGGAAACCGCCUUGUCGUCGAGGAAACAAACCAGCCCCUCGCGAGUAUAGCGAUGCCCAGCGUUCCAGUACCGAGGCCAUUAACAAACCAAACGAGGAGUCCAUGAACGAUAUGUAUCGUGCCGAGGCUGUUCCGCUGGAAGAGUGGACGACAGGCGGGGCUGAUGCUUCAGCAACGCGAGGCCCGCUCAAGUCGAUGGGGAAACAUCCAAAGACGCAUGAGUUCCAUCAGGAGGACAUCAUGGAUUCGGAGGAAGGAUAUGAUACACAGUUUGACCGGAAACAUGCACACUCCCCUUGUUGA